CGAAUCGUGACUCCAUACAUUCCGUUAACUGUCAGGCGCCAACUGAAAUGUCCGGAAGGCGAGCUCUUCAUUUUGUGUUCAAAGUUGGCAAUCGAACCCAAACAAUUAAAUUUUAUAAAGAUGUUUUGGGCAUGAAGAUAUUGCGGCAUGAGGAAUUUGAAGAAGGCUGUAAAGCAGCUUGCAAUGGACCAUAUGAUGGAAAAUGGAGCAAAACAAUGAUAGGAUAUGGACCUGAGGAUAACCAUUUUGUUUGUGAAUUAACUUACAACUAUGGACUUUCCUCUUACAAGUUAGGAAAUGAUUUUGUAGGACUCACCAUAAAAUCAAGCCAAGUCUUACAAAAUGCAGAAGCUCUUGGAUGGCCUAUCCAUGAUAAAGAUACUUUUCCUUAUCUAGAAGCACCAGGUGGUUACAAAUUUUACAUUGUGGAUGAACUUCAACCUACUGAUACAGAUCCUGUGCAGAAAGUAACUUUGGCUAUUUCUGAAAAGGACCAGUCUCUUACCUAUUGGUCAGAAUUGCUCAAAUUGAAACUGUAUGAGCAGAGUGAAAAACAAGCAUUGUUAGGCUAUGCUGAUGACCAAGCCAAGCUUGAAUUAAAAUUCAUUGGUGAGAAGGUUGAGCAUUGCAAAGCUUUUGGUCGGAUUGCUUUUUCAUGUCCAUCAUCUCAGCUGAAAUCAAUCGAGUCUGAAGUUAAAGCAGCCGAUGGAACUAUUCUAACUCCAUUUGUCAGCUUAGAUACCCCGGGAAAAGCAACUGUUCAAGUCGUCAUCUUGGCUGAUCCAGAUGGUCAUGAAAUUUGUUUUGUUGGAGAUGAAGGGUUUCGGGAAUUGUCUCGGAUGGAUCCUGCAGCCGACGGUCUGUUAAGCGAUGCAUUGGCGGCUGAUCACUCAGACGAGUGGUUUACAAAAAAAGGCCUGAGCAAAGCCGAAGCAUAAUUUGUAUCAUGAAUUUUUUUCCAACUUAAUCCAAGAAAAAUUAUUAGACAAGUUAUGGUUUAAUUUCAACACUUUACUCAUGUUAUAUUGCUUCCAAUAGUAAUCCGAAUAAACCAAGUUUAAUUCAUGAAAA